AUGCGGGACCUCGCAAGGGAAAAUCUGGGUUCUACUCCCACAGUGAGAAUGGAUGCUGAACACGCAGAAACAAUAUGCACCCAGAAAAGAGCCAAGGGACUAUGUCUAAGCAUUAAGAAUAUUUUGACACAUCAGACGCAACCUGCACCUCAGAGGCGCUUGCAACAUUUUGUCAGCGACCAUGAGACCGAGGAACCCAGGCUGGAGGAUCCAGCGAACGAGAAGGAAGAAGAGGAGGAGGAGGCAGAGCGGUUUUUUCUGGUGGAACUGUCAGGAAUUACUGAUUCGGACUUGCUUUCCAAAUGUGAAAAUAAAUGCAAGCUUUUGGGGAUUGACACCGAGAGGCCCGUUCUGCAGUUGGACAGCUGUGUCUUUGCUGGGGAGUAUGAAGAUAUUCUUGGAACCUGUGUUAUAUUUGAAGAAAAUGUUGAACAUGUGGAUCCAGAAGGCAAUAAAGAAACAGUGCUGAAAUAUAAACGCCACACAAGGAAGAAACCCACUGUGACCAGAACUCUCCUGGCAGAAGAAGAAAGCGUAGAAGGGAUCGAAUGGCUCCAUAUGAAGGGUAGAUUCAACUACAGACCCAACGUGAUUUGUAGUUUUCUCCAUGAAUAUGACUAGGAAGCUGUAGCUCCUCCUCAAAAAAAGCUUAAUGUGGAAGAACAAGAGACUAAAGUGAAAGGCAGUUCAAACCUCACCUGCGAACGGCAGAAACCACCAGAAACAGAGGGUUCUGGUCCUCCUGUUGACAUCCCUGCUUCUGAGAGGGAAGGUUCUGUACUUGGGGAAACUCAGUUCGCUUCCUUAAAAAUCACUUCUAGAUGA